AGACUGGGACUGGUUUUUCAUCAGUCGGACCCAGGAYUUUAUCGGCCUCUUUUCACCAGGAUUCAAAAUGGUGGGUGAAACCAAGUCCAACGUUAUGAAGGAUCUGAAGAUCGCCAAGUUGGUACUCAAUGUAUGUGUUGGCGAGAGUGGUGAUAGGUUGACCCGUGCAGCCAAGGUCUUGGARCAGCUUACAGGCCAACAGCCUGUGUUUUCAAAAGCUCGCUACACUGUGAGAUCUUUUGGRAUCAGAAGGAACGAGAAGAUCUCUGUUCACUGUACUGUCAGAGGCCCAAAAGCUGAGGAAAUCUUAGAGAAGGGUCUCAAAGUCAAGGAAUAUGAACUUCCMAGAAGCUGCUUCUCAGCAACRGGCAACUUUGGCUUUGGAAUCCAGGAACACAUUGAUUUGGGCAUCAAGUAUGAYCCCUCCAUUGGUAUYUAUGGAAUGGACUUCUACGUUGUCCUCUCUAGACCAGGAUUUAAUGUAGCAUACAGAAGGAGAACUAAGUCACGCGUUGGAUUCCCACACAGGCUCACWAAGGAUGAUGCUAUGAAGUGGUUUCAGCAAAAGUAUGAUGGAAUUAUCUUGCGUAAAUAAAAACCUGUACAUCUACUUGUUGAAAUCUUGAAAUAAAAUUUACCCACAAGAGAAAAAA